AUGCAUAGUCUUAAUAGCGUACAUCUAGAUAAUAUCAACACAGUCGGCUAAUAAGAUACUUCUAUCUGCAAAAAUCUCCCAGUAAACAAUGAAUGCGACUCGUCAUCAAUUAUCUUACUUAAGAAAAUAGAAGCUCCCAGUCCUGAUAUUCCUGGUUUCAAUUAAGCUGUUUUCAAACCCUUUCAAAAGUUAAUCAUAUACUAUCACAUCGGAUUGUUUGUUCGAAAACUAUUGAAGUACAUUAAACCAGAUCAAUCAUUUAAACCCAAACAUUACUACCUCAUUAAUGACAAAAGUUCGGGCAACAUCAAGGAUUUUAUCACUUAUUCUGGCAAAGCCAAAUAGACAGUUAUGCAAUAUCCAAGUCUUGAUGAGGUCAAUUUCUUUGUAAGGUUGCGAUAUCAAUACAGACAAGGCCUGGUAAAUUGUUAAUAAAAAAUAUUGUACUUAUUUGAAUAGAUACCCUUGAUAGAUCCAUCAUUUAAAAUCAAAAUCAUUUGGGAUCUCCUCCUAAAUGUCUUCAGGAUCUACCUUAUGUAUAUUAUUCCCAUCAUCAUUACAUUCGAAUUACUGAUAGAAGAUUAUGAUUACAUCAUUAUCAUAUCCUAGAUUGUGUUUGCAAUUGAUUUAUUACUACGAAACAUCACUAUCUAUUAUGAUUAGGGUCUACCUGUCGUUGAUCGCUAUUAAAUAGUAAAAAACCAAUAUCAUGUUACCAACCUAAUUGAAUUGAUGGAAAUUUGCUUGCUUUUUGCUAUGGCCUAUUUCAACUUCGAUUUUAAUCACUAAUUCAUAUUGUUUGGGGGUUGGCCUAAGUUAUGGAUGCUCUCAUAUUUUAUUUAGUUAAAAAAUCUAUUAAAUUUUAUAGGAUCAUGGCAGCAAUCCUUCUUAAUGGGUUAAUUAGCAUCAUCAUUAAUAGAGUUAUUUAAAUUGAUAGGCUUGUUGCUUAUAAUAUAGCAUAUUUUUAGUUGCAUAUGGUUGAUCAUUGGAAAGUAUCAACUUCUUAUGGGAAAUUCAAAUUGGAUUACCUUUUUCAACUUGGAACACAUCUCAUGGACAGAUUUAUACAUAGAAUCAAUGUAUUACACUAGUGUAACUAUGUACACUGUGGGAUAUGGUGAUAUCCAUCCAAUAAAUAUAUCUGAAAAAAUGUUUGCCUUUUUAUUUGUAUUUGUUUGUACAUUUUAACUGUCAUUUAGUUUAAAUACAAUUGGUGAAAUUUUGACUAGAAUGAAAAACAAUAACGACAUCAUUAAUAAAAAGUUAAUCUUCAUUAAUUAAUACAUGCAUAAUAAAAAGAUUAGUCAUCAAUUACAGUUUUAAGUAAGAGAGUAUCUAAAUUAUUAUUGGUAUCAAGAGUAAACAUAAUAAACCAAGGAAUAAACAGAAAUUUUAAGUUAAUUAUCAGAUGAUCUAAGAAAACAAAUAGCAGUUGAAUCAAACAGUAUUGUGCUAAAGAAUUGUGACUUCUUUUAUAAGAACUUUUCUACUGAAUUUUUGAAUGAGCUCCUAAAAAACCUUUAAUUUUAGGCCUAUCAACCUUCAUCCACAAUUAAUAUAUUUAAUGAGGAUGAUCAUUUCAUUCAUAUAAUUGAAUCUGGAUAGGUUGAUAUUUACGAUAAAUCUUUUGAAAAGAAAGUACUAAUUGGAUGUUUUAAAUCAAAUGAACUUUUUGGAUUAACAGAAUUCUUAAAUAAUUAAAAAAACUAUAAAUAUGAAUAUAAAAGUUCUGGAUUUGUCAGCACUUUAGUAAUACCUAAAUCAAAAUUUCAUAUGAUAUUACAAAAAUAUAAAUAGGAUUUUGAGACCUUUUGGAAUCUCAAAACCAAUAAUUAUUAAGAAUUAAAGUGUGCAGUUUGCGAAUCCAAAAGACAUCCUCCUGAUUUUUGUAAGCAAGUUCACUAUAUUCCCGAUAGAGAGAAGGUCAUUAAAUAAUUUAAUUUCUAUUAAAAUUAGGAUAGAUAAAAAUUUAGAAGAAAUUCAAUCAGAAUUAAGCAAUUAUACCAUGCAUCUACUGAUUAAGAAAUUAUCAAGGAGGCCGCUCAAAUGGUCAAAGUGAAAAACGACAGCAUUUUCUUUUAGAAAUAUCAAAUUAUUGAAGAUGAAACAACCUAAUAUGAAAGCUAAGAAUAUAUAAACAAAAAGGACAUAGAUUCAGUGGGGAUUUUAAUAAAAGAUCUGGAAAGCCGAUCUUAUCUCGAUUUCUGUCAAAAGUCUCAAUAAAAAUCUGAAAAAGAUAUUUUGGACAUUAGAAUACACUUUUCAUUGGAACUGCAAACUUUAAAGUCUUUGAAGGAUAAAUUGCAUCAUAAGGACUUAUAUUCUGAAAAGGACAUCUAAUAAAUUGAAUAUCUGAUCAAAAUUUUAGAACUUAAACUCAAUUUAGAAGAUAAAAUAGAACUUGAUUAAUAGCAGGAAUAUCAGACCUUUAAUUAAAAGGCAAAUAUCAAUUUAGUAAUUAAGAAGUUGAUUCAUCCAGUCAGAUACAUCAUUACGUAAACCUCAAAAAGUUUAGAUUAUUUCUAGUUGAUUAGCGGGAAUGGGUUGUUAAAAUAUUUGUUCUAUCCUUAUGAUUUCAUAAAUCAAUAUAGGUUCAAUGUUAAUAGAUUAGGUUUGCCGAGAAAGUCUAUGGUAGUCCGACAAUAAGAACGCCGGUUGUCUUCUGCUUUAAUGAGAAAAAAAUAAUAAAAUAUACGAUCCAUGAAAAGAUCAAUUUAAGUUCAUCCAAUUAAAUGA